AACGCUCGACAACGUUUUGAAUUGUUUACGUUCGAGAAAGAGCCAGCGUUGUCUGGUCUGGACCUCAAAGUAAAGUUACAUAUAUCCGAAAAUCCUCACGGUUAUGCAUGAUGUCAACCACAGAAGAGAAAUUCAUUCCUCCUGUCAACCAGGCGGUAAAGAGGGAGUUAGAAGAUGAUGUUGAUGAUAAGAGAGCAGUUACAAAGAAGUCACGCCAGUGCCCUUACUUGGACACCAUUAAUCGUCAUAUGUUAGAUUUUGACUUUGAGAAAUUGUGCAGUGUGUCACUCUCAAGAAUCAAUGUGUAUGCCUGUCUGGUUUGUGGGAAAUACUUUCAAGGACGUGGACCCAAUACACACGCAUAUACCCACAGUGUGUCAGAUGGUCAUCAUGUGUACCUCAAUUUGCAGACUCUACGAUUUUACUGCUUACCCGACAACUAUGAGAUUAUUGAUUCAUCUCUUAAUGACAUUAUAUAUGUUGUGAAUCCAACCUUCACAAAGGAAUACAUUGCAAAGAAAGUAAACCAGAGUAAGAUGAGCAGAGCAUAUGAUGGUACUCUUUAUCUUCCUGGCAUUGUGGGCUUGAACAAUAUCAAGGCUAAUGAUUAUUGUAAUGUAGUAUUACAGGCUUUGUCAAAUAUCACACCUCUAAGAAACUACUUCCUAGAUCCCAAUAACUACAGCCACAUUCACCAUGCACCAGGUACUAAGGGACUGGCAAUGUUUCCUCUCAUUACAAGAUUUGGUGAAUUGGUUAGGAAGUUAUGGAACCCAAGGAAUUUCAAGGCUCAUGUUUCUCCUCAUGAAAUGUUACAAGCAGUAGUAUCAUGCAGUAGAAAGAAGUUCCAGUUCACAGUACAAGGUGAUGCUAUUCAGAUUCUAUCCUGGAUAUUGAACUCCAUGCACCUUGGUCUGAAAACACCAAAACGUAAAAGCACAAUCAUUUACCGCUGUUUUAGAGGGACCAUGAACAUCUACUCACAGAAGAUCCUUCCUGUUGAGAUAGAUGAGAAAGAGAGAAACCGGCUCUUGAAGUGUGAGGAGUACCAGGAAAAGAUGGAGGAAAGCCCUUUCCUUUACCUUACAUGUGAUUUGCCUCAGCCUCCAUUAUUUAAAGAUGAAAAGAAGGAGAAUAUCAUACCACAGGUGAGCUUGUAUGUCCUCCUGAGUAAGUUUGAUGGCAAAACUGGAAAGGAAUAUCAGACCUACAAAGAAAACAUCUUGAAGAAAUUCCAGCUGACUGGCUUGCCCCCAUACCUCAUCCUGUACAAUAAGCGUUUUACAAAGAACACUUUUUACAUUGAGAAGAAUCCUACAAUUGUCAAUUUCCCAGUGAAGAAUAUUGAUUUGACAGAGUAUUUGACAGAGGAGGUAAAGCAAAAACACCCAGAACCCAUUUAUGAUUUAGUGGCAAAUAUUGUGCAUGAUGGUGAGCCAGAGGCAGGAACCUACAGAUGUCACAUACUCCACAAG